CUUCGUUGCCUUAUUGACGAAUAUUUCAAACUAUACGUCGUAAUGCAAAUAAGUAAAUUUAAAAAAGCAAAAAAAAAAGUCAAUUUGUAUUAUUGUAUACAGGGAAAAGAGUAUGCGUUGCACUUUUAUCCACUGAUUUGUCCAUUUAAUGUAAUGAAAGGAUUACAAUGAUGCAAAAGGAGGUAUUAAUACAUGGAUAAGAUAUGUAUUUUAUAGUUUUGUGCACAAAGAUUGUUCGAUUGACGUUGAUUGUAAUUUAUAGGAAAGAAAAUAGAUCUGCAAGAUUUAUUACAAAGUAUCCGCUACAAAUUUCGUUGGCAAAACGCCAGCAGGCAUAUAACAGGAUACUGUUGACAGAAUACGGUGGCAGAUUGGCUUCAGAAACCAAGCAAAAUCUGUCAUUUCAUCUGACAGAUUUUCUGCUCAGUUUCCGAGAGUGGUGAUCACUCUCAGAUUGUGUCGGCAAGCUCUAGCAGAAGACGAGCCUAAUCCCAGCAAACACCAACAUACAACUUAUAUGCAAGUUAGAAUUUCCUACUUAACAAUGUAAAUGCAACACAUGUGUGAGUAAGAAACUCUAACUUGCAUGUAAGUCACAUGUUACAUGCUGUGUUUGCUGAGAUGCGGAUGCAGUUGAAGUCAAUCUGCCGCAAUGUUCUGUUUGAAUCUGCUGGCAAGUUACUAGCGUGCUACUAACAUUUCGCUUGCUGGCAUAGUUAUACAAACAAUGAAAAGGAUUGUUUGCUUUACGAUACAACGCACAAGACUCUAAAAGUUGAAGCCGCUUUUUAUACGUAAUGUAUGUUUGCUUGCGUGAUAUGUGAAGGUUGUAGCAAAUGCGCCCACAUCGGCAUUGUGAUUGGCUUUCGAAUAAGUAUAAGUAAUGCGUGUUUUCCCGCUAUACUAGGAAUGUUUGGGAUCAUGGAUUGUUGCAGGCUUUUGUUCGAGCUCGUUAGGGAACACUCACGCGAUUACGAAUCGCUUGUUUAAAGUGGUUAUUACAGGGAAUGAUACAUUGUUACAGUAGUCAAAGUGUAGGGUAAUGUUACAUAUAAUGCCAGUAAACAUUAGAGUCUAUUUUUGAAUGACUUAUCAAAUAAAAGGUAGACACAAAAUUCUUAUCUCUAUACUUAAUUCUCAUAAUUGCCUGAAGUCAUAUAUCUGAUAUCCGUGCAAAAAAAGUUCGAUAAUUAUUAUCUGAACGUUCCACGUAUUUUAUUUGCUCAGAAUUGAUUCAUGUGGUAAAAAUGCAGAUAAUGCGUGUGGAGAGAAAUAAACAUAUAGAGUUCACUGAUUAAUCCGUAAAAGAAAUUGCGAAUCAGUUCAAUGUCGGAACUUUCCUUUGACGAUAACAAGAACAAAAUUGACGUCACUUGCCAAAUAAUUAUGUCUUCUUUGUAUCUAUCUUGACACCCUGGUGCAAAGCAGCAUACUGUUUAAGAAUAAUUUGUCCUUGCUAAUUAUAGACAGCCAAAUCAUUGUUCACGCCUGUAGCCGCAAUAAUUAUUUUAUUUGAUUAAAUUUUGCAAAAGGAGGUAUCGUUUAAAAGUGAACGAUAUAAGAAAGAGGAAAGUAAAAAUAAGAAAAUAACAAGUUCUUAGAGAAUUACGUCCAUUUAAUACCGAAUAUCAUUUAAUAUCCAUAUAAUGCGUAUCAAUUGCUGCGAUUUUUAACCGAAGAUACGAAUUUUGCUUACUGUGAAAAAUUACACGUUCGAUAUUUGUUCUGGAAUUCCACGGUGUGCUCGUUGCGCCCGUUUUAUUUACUCAGCAUGGGACGCCACGCAAUCAACGCUUUUCUGUCGGCGCAAAAUAGCACACGUCGACUAAUACUUUUAUCACGCGGUUGGACACGCAUCUGUGUGUAUGUGUGUAUGUCUGCAUGUGUGAAGAAAAUAGCAUGAACCACAAUGCGGAGUGUAUCACUCGCGAUAACAGUCAUACACUCAUACCCGCGUAUCGCAAAUUUGUUUGCCGUUAGUCUGACAGGUCAUGCUCCGAUCCGAUCAUGAUGCAAGCGAGUAACUAAUAGGAUCAUAUCCCAUUUUAGGUGUUACGUAACACGUCUCUCACAUCGGUCUCGCGCUUCCGUUAUCACGGGUGACGUGAAAUAUUAUCAACGGGAAUCGCGCAUGAAAAGUUCUCGAGUUUCAGAAUCGCGCAUGAAUCUGUGCCGCGUGCCGGUACAGUUUCCGGGACAUUCCGAAGCACUUUUAUGGAGUUUCACCUGUGCGAGAGACACGAGGAUAAAACCGCAGCCUCGUUGCAAACCCGAUACAAGCCAACAAGGUUGUGGGGUUUCAGCGGCCAUGUACAAACUAUCGUCCACAGCGUUAUAGGACGUGUUCGAUGUCCUUGGCCCAUUGGAGAACGCGUAUAUAUCGGUCUUCCGGAUGGGACCACCCUUACGUACGAUCUUUAUCAACCGCUGACUAAUGGACACGAAGACGACAUAACGAUAGCCAUCUGUCCUGGUAUCGGUAACAGCUCGGAAAGCGUGUAUAUCAGGACGUUCGUGCACUUCGUGCAAUGUCAUGGAUAUCGGUGCGCAGUACUUAAUCACGUCGGGGCCCUUUCUAGUGUCAAGAUCACGGCACCAAGAAUAUUCUCUUAUGGUCACACGGACGAUUAUAGCGCGAUGCUACAACAUCUGGUAGAACAGCACCCUAACACCAGAAUAGUUUGUAUCGGAUAUAGUUUGGGCGGUAAUUUAGUAACAAAAUAUUUGGGAGAGCGCGGUUCCAAUAAAUUGCCUAAUAUUAUAGGAGGGAUAUCAAUUUGUCAAGGAUACAAUGCUCUCAAGGGAACAAAGAUUCUGUUAAAUUGGCAGAACUUUAGACGCUUUUACCUCUAUGUAAUGACAGAAUCGAUGAAGAAUCUUAUUCUUAAGCACAAAAAUAUGCUUUUGUCUGAGGAUGUAAAACAAAGGUGUAAUCUGAAUGAACGGGACAUAAUUUCUGCUGCAACGUUACCCGAACUGGACGAAGCUUAUACGAGAAGGGUACACAACUUUAGGACUGUGCAAGAGUUGUACAAGUGGAGUAGUUGCGUCUUUUAUCUAGACAAUAUCACAACGCCGAUGGUAUUCAUCAACGCAUUAGACGACCCCAUCGUGCCAGAGGUGUUGCUAAAACCAAUCAAAGAACAUGCGGCAAAUAACUUAAACACGUUAUAUGUGGAAAUAGCUCAUGGAGGUCACCUAGGUUUUUACGAAGGAGGUUUUUUGUAUCCAAAUCCUAUAACAUGGCUGGAUCGAACCCUCGUGUCCCUCGUAGGGUCUCUGACUUUGGCGCACGCGGACAAGGCUCUCAAAGCCUCUUAACCCAAUUUAAUUCGGUCAAUGUAUUGAUAUUAUCGGACGUUGAUCGACAACGUGUCACACAUAUUCUGAUCUUGUGGGAUCAAGCACCGUGCACAUGAUCCACGUUUAGAUAAUUGGGAUGAUCUAUAACGAGGCUACAACAAGACUGCAAUGAAAAUGGAAAUGGCAGAUUGUAAACUAAUAAAAGUGUCUGGUACAUGCUUUGAUAAUUUCACGAAGUGAAGUAGGCAGGAUUUUUCACAAACGAUACAGAGGAAAUAAGUGAUAAGCGCGACUGUAAGAUAACAAACGUUUGCUCACUGACAUUUUCGAAAUUGAGUAUAGGUCCGGAACGUUAGCCAAAUUGCGCGACUCUUUAUAUCUAGUUAUAAUUAGUAGAAUUUUUAUUAAACAAUGUGGCACAAUCAAAAUUAGACAGCAUAAUUAUUUGAAAAAGGAAGUAGAAACGAAAUGAAUUUUCAAUAUUUUACUAAAUACUAACGCUUCUUUCUCAGGGAUCUUCUAUAGAGCGACGAUUUGAUGGCGGGAUUUUCAAUAGUCCUUAACAGGUUACUAGAACUGUUCACUGUACAAGCGUUUAAUCAUGAUACACAUUGGAUGUGAGUUCAAUGCAAUACAGUGUAUCUUGUGUACUUUUCACCAAGGAAAAAAAACUUGUGUAUUUAUGUACAAUAUGUGUAUUGAUAUAGGAUGUAUGUUGACUUAAAAGAUAUUUAUAAGUGCGUCUCAAAUGUGUCCAUUCUAAGAUUAUUAGCUUUAUCGAUAUGGAAGGAGUUUGUCACUGUUGUACAUACGCAAUAAACAAUGUACGUUAUUUAUUAAUCCGGAAUUGAUGACGUUAGAUUUUCAAGGAAAUCUAUUAAAUCAAAUUCAGUGUUCAAGUCUAAACUGUCUGAAAUUCAGUGUUCAAGUGUGAAAUUAUAGUAUACUUGAAAGUGUACUUGAAUGUAUACACGAAAAUUUUGUAAAUAAUACAUUUUUUAGCUAGAAUUAUAACAAAUUACUACGAAAGACACUAAAUUACGCUAAAAACACUAAUUUCAUAAAUUUGAUAUUAUUACCACCAGAUUAAUGCAGAUAAUUAGUUUGCAUUGCGCAAAUUUGUUUAUAUAUCGAAUCGGAGAUAUCUUCGACAUAGUCAAAAUUGUAUUUGUAUUCGAUAUUAUGUUAUAAGAGACAUAUAUUAUUUAGCGCAAACACAUUAAGCAUUGUGAGAUAUAUCACGCGUUGAAUUAUUUGUGGUACCAGAAUGUUCUUUAAUUAUCCGAUUUAAUGUAUUCUUAUUACAUACUAUGAUGCAAUGAUAAAUGUACGAUGUUGUACCUAUUAUAUUCCAUAUAUUACGUUUGA